AUGUACGACGACGAUGCUCGUCCUGAUCCGAACUCGAAGUGCUUCUAUGCCUAUGCGGUGGUCAACUGGGUGUACCAUUUCCUCAUGGCGAAGAAACGAAACGAGGAACUCACCAAGAAGUUGGAGUCCUUCUUAAGAGACGAAGAUGCAUUCGCCGCCUGGAAUCAUGACGCCUUGGAGAGUACCGAGCGAGAAGAGUACUUCCUGGCAACGACUGACUUCGAGAAUCCAUGUCUCAACGGGCACAAACCGACACAAACCUUUGUCAUAGCAAAGCUCGGCCUGGUCGAUGCUUUUGAAGAGCAUUCUGACCUUGACUGGAAAUAUAACAAUAUCAAGGGCGAGGCACCAAUCCACAUAGCUGCUUUUGCGGGUAACCUCGAGAUUAUCAAGAGACUUAUCGACGAGAAAGACAUGGAUGUCAACCAUCAAGGCGAUACCAAUUUUGGCCCGCUCUUGGCUGCGUGCGUGAACGGACAGAGAGACAUCGUGGAUUACCUACUCUCGUUGGACGGCGUGGAAGUGAAUCGACGAAGUGAUUUCGGCAAGACACCUUUGAUCGCAGCGGCCAAAGUUGGUAAUCAUGAUCUAUGCAAAGUUCUGCUAGACAAGGGUGCUCUUGUGAACUUCCAAGCACUGGAUGACGACACUGCGUUGAUAGUUGCAGCAGAGUAUGGCAAACUGUCAACCGUGCAGGCGCUUCUAAAAAGNGGUGCUAAUACGAACAUUGUUGGUCGUUUCAAACGUACUGCUUUGUUCGCAGCCGGUCUAUGCCGAGAAGAGCAGUUUCAGGACGUUAUAAAGCUUCUCGUCCGGGCAGGAGCCAAUAUCGAUGCUCAGGAUAUUGAUGGAGAUACAGUUCUCCACAUGGCAGCACAAGCCGGCGAUCUUGACUUGGUGCGGCUUUUUCUCGCAAAGAAGGCAAAGCUCAAUAUCAAGAACAAUCAAGGCAGAUCAGCCUUGGAUUUCGCUUGUGCAGGGAACCAGCUGAAGGUCAUUGAGUAUCUUCUCAAAAGCGGAGCGAUAUGCGAACCAGACGCUUCUGGCAGGACAGAACUUCAUGAGAUCAUUGAUGGAGACGGAAAGUGUGAUGCUGACACUAUAAAGCUUUUUGUGUCUAAAGGUGUCAACGUGAAUGCCACUGACAACGAUGGAAUCAGUAAGUGUCUGCUUCGUUGCUUCUUCUGUAAAUAUUGCUGA